UACCUGUUUGCAAUUCAAACAUGCUCUAAAAAGUACUUUAUUGCACACUUCAAUAAGACUUAGCUCAGGAAACUGUACACUGAUGUCACCUCAUGAAGAUUCUCUUUUUUCAAUCAAAUGGAAAUAUAAAGCACCAGAACAAAAUUUAGAAAAUGAAUUUGAUAUUUCAUUGUUAGCAGAACAGUACAAUAAAUUAGAUUUUAAUAGCAUCACUAUUGAAAAUAUAUUAUAUUACAUAAGUGGAUAUAUUGUUAAAAAACUAAUCCCAACUUUGAAAUGUGAUGGUUGUAUUGAAGCUAUUACAGAUCCAUACAUUGAAAAUGAUCACGUUUAUCAAAAUAAUACCACACCAAAAUAUUUUACAAUUAUGAAAAACAGAGGCGGUUUGAAGUAUGCUUCUUAUGGGGUGAUCCACGAAAAGCAACAUUUUGAUGACCAAGAAAUUGUACUACCGACAUGA